UGUCAAUUGUUUUUCUAAAUAAUUUUUCUAUGCUUUUGUGAAGUGUGUGAAUUUGUCUAUAAUUUUUUUUAAAACUCUUGAGAUCCCAAAAUGUUUGAUCCUAUCACCACGUUUGUGAAGACUGAAUUCAAGGAGGAAGAAGAAACGAAAACCUCCUUGGAGAAAUUGGAAUUUGUGAACGAUCCACCGGUAACAGUGAAGCAGGAAUAUUGUGAUAGCACCCCAGGAUCACAAGAAAGAGAACCACCGAUUAAAGAAGAGCACAAUUCCUUUUCAAUCAUCACACCCCAAUGUGAAGGCAUGCAUCGGACAAAUUGUGUUAAAUCUGAAGAAUGUGAACUUUCACUGUCUUACAUUUUAAAUGAGUUUAAAUGCUACCACUGCACUUACUCCACCACAACUAAGCAGUUGUUAGAAACUCAUCUUGGUAGAUUUCAUUUGAGACGAGAUCUUUCCAAACGUUUCAAUUGUGACCAGUGCAAUUAUGCUACAAAUAAUAAGAUGAAUUUCAAGCGUCAUCUUUUAACACACAGCACGUUCAAAGAUUUUCCGUGUGAUCAGUGCGAUUACACCGCGAAUAACAGCUUUUACUUAAAGCGCCAUGUUUUAACGCAUGCUACUUGCAAAAAUUUCAUUUGCCAUCAAUGUAAUUACGCCUUAAAGAGCAAGGAUAGUUUGAAGCGUCACAUUUUAUCGCACAGUACUUUAAAAAAUGUUAAAUGUGACCAGUGCAAUUACGCAACCAACAAUAAGGAUAAUUUAAAGAAUCAUCGUCUGAUACAUAACGUUUCCCAAGUCUUUAAUUGUGAACAGUGUAAUUACACUACGAAAAAUAGGAGAUAUAUACGACGGCAUUCGUUAACACACUCUACCUUGAAAAAUUUCAGCUGCAAUCAGUGUAAUUAUGCUACAAUUACUAACAUUCGCUUAAAGCGUCAUAUUUCAACACACAACCUACACAAAAAUUUGAUUUGUCAUCAAUGUAAUUACGCGACCCACGACAAGCAUAACUUAAAGCGUCACAUCGUAACACAUUCCACAUUGAAGGAUGUCACGUGCAGUCUGUGCGAUUAUGCUACGAACACUAAGAAAAAUUUAAAUCGACAUUUAUUAAAGCACGACACAUCGAAAAAUAUAAUUUGUGGUCAGUGUAAUUAUGCCACGAAUAGUAAGGCCGUUUUAAAGCGUCAUCUUAUAACACACUCCACUUCCAAAGAUAUUAAAUGUGAUCAGUGCGAUUACGCUACAAAUAAUAAGAUAAAUUUGAAACGCCAUUUUGUAAAACAUCAUUGCCAGUUGCAGUCACCGACUCCUGCUGCAAAUUGUAAAGUGGAAUGAUAGUACCUAGUAUUAAGGGAUUACCGUUGCCAAUAAUAUAAGUUGUAUACAAAAAUUGA